AUGGCUGUGCACACGCCGCUGCCUCCCAACCUCCGCCGGGGCUUGGUGGCCUUCAGCAGCUCCCUCUUCGCCGACAACAAGACACAGGACAGCAGCGCUGCCCAGAGGUGCAGCCCAGGUGUCAGAGCUGGCUGGGAUGAGGCUGUGCCCCUGUUCCAGUAUCACCUCUUGCCUGGGCACUACCAGUUCCUGCUGGUCACCACCUUCUUCAUCCUCUUGCUGUGUGAGGGACCCCGCCUCUACCUGGGCUACAUGGGGAACCUGCAGGAGAAGGUGCCAGAGCUGGCCGGGUUCGUCCUGCUCUCCUUCCUGAUCCAGUCCGGCGUCGCCGGGCCCCUGCCGCUGGAGCUGGCAGUGCACAGCCUGCUCCUGGCCUUCCUCCUGGCCGAGAUCACGGCCGCCUUCCUGGCACUGCGGAGCAUGAGCAAGCAGCUGGCGGCACAGUUCUACCUGAGGUGGUAGGAGGAGGGCGGCCGGGGCAGGCAGCUGGGGCAGGACCCUGCUGCAAGCCCUCCCCAGCCCACACUGUCUGCCCCAGCAGGGAGCAUUAAACGGUGCUCAGGGCCCUGCUGCACCUUCACAGUUUGUGAGUCAGGCAGCUGA